CGACGGUAAUAAGAGUCCUUCGCUUAAGUAAAACGAGUGCUCGUCGAGUCUCUCUCUCUCUCUCUAUCUCUAUCUUUAUUUCUAUCUCUGUCUAUCCCUAUCUCUCUCUCUCUCUAUUUCUCUCUAUCUCUAUCUCUCUCUUGUUAAAACGAACAUUUCUCUCGAUGCAAGCCCGUGUCGAUGCAACCAAUGAUCGUGCUAUGGCGGAAGCUCAACCGCUUACUCGCUGUUGAGUUGUGAAUUUGAAUCCGUCGCGCGGAAUAAACGCACCCUCGUUUUCUUCCGCGUUUCCUACAGCUUAUAUAGCCCUCUCCUUGGUGGCACGUUCAUCAUCGAUAACAAGCCAAGAGAACGAGAGACGACGAUGACGACGACACUACCUGUUCCCGCAUACUAAUUCUCUUAGUCAAGGUGCCAUGUCAUCGUCCUUUACCGCUUUUCAACAUUCUCGAUUUCCCUUUGACAAUUGAUUAACCUUUCGUACGAGACCAUUUUUCUCAAUGAACUUUCUUCCACUGCGACAUUUGAUCUUUUAUUUUGAUACCGAUUACUGAAUCACAGAUUGAUCAGAAUCUCUUGAUUUUUGAGAUAUUACCAUUUGAGAUAUUUGCGUGAUUGUUUCCUUUUCUCUUCUUUUUUUAUUUCUACGUAUCUGAGUAUAUAAUUUUCUGAGUUUGAUCUGAGUUUAAUGCACUAUGACGUUUCGUUGCGAACAAGUUUCUAGGAAAAUCAUACCGGUUGAAUUAGAUUUAAUUGAAAUCCUCGUACGUUGUCGGAUAUUAGAAAUAAUCUAAUCGUCCUUUACGAGUAUCUUUCUUUUGCAUAGUGAUAUCGAUUCGAAGGAAACCGGCAAGCAAGGAUUCUAAUCGUAGUGAAAUAAUUAAACCCUAGGAAGGAGAACGAGGGAGAAGGAGGAAAAGGAGGAGGAGAAGGAGGAGGAGGAAGAGGGGGAGGAGCAAGAAGAAGAGGAGGAGAGAAAGAGGAAGGGAAAGCACGUAAAUCGUUAAGAGGUCGUUGAACCUGAUAAAUUAGGAAGUUCAUAGAUACAGCCGACUCUUUGUGAGAGCUCACACUUUGGAGAGUUUUACGAAAGCAAGAGAGAAAGAGACAAAAAAGAGGGCGAUACCUUUAAAAAGAGAAACUGUUGGAAUCGCGAGAGUGUUCAUGAAGUACCGAAGAGGAAGAAGACAACGACGGAAACGAUUCGAAAGUUUCUGCCAGACUUUGCAAUGCUAUUGCUCUCAUACAACCGUGCACGGCUUGAAAUAUGUCUCGAAUAAAGAAUUAAGUUUCCUCGAAAGACUUUUCUGGCUGUUUAUAGUCGUUCUCUCGUCGAUUUUUGCCAUUGGAACGAUCUACAUGAUAGCCGAAGAAUUUCAGACUUAUCCAACGUCCUCCAGCAUAGAGUCGACGAAUUACAAAAUUUCUGGCAUACCAUUCCCAAGUGUGGUCAUUUGUCCGAACCAGCACAUUGAUUGGAAAACAGCGAUGGAUCUCGAGAAGAAAAUCUUCUCUAAUUCCACGAAAGAAAGCAGCGUCACGACCUUUCGCGAACUACUACAGAAACUAUCGAUCAUAAGUUUCGGUGACUUCGAUCUUCUGAUGUUCCUAAAGGAUCGAGAUCUUGACGAACUCGCUGAUAUCAACGUUACGAGAAUACUUCUGGAAACGAUACCAAAGUGUUCGGAUCUCCUUUCUCGUUGUUGGUGGCGAAACUCCUACCGUGACUGCUGUGAGAUCUUCGAGGUUCAAAAGACAGAGUACGGCUUUUGUUACUCCUUCAACUCGGAGUUGUCUGAAGAACGGAGAGAUCAAACUAAAGACAAGGAAACGCGACCGCGAAGAACAUCUGGUUACGGCGAAUGGAGUGGCGUUCAACUGACGAUGAAUUUGGAGAAUAUAAAUAAACCACCAAACUCCAAAGAAAUGGACGGUGGAUACGUGAUGAUACAAGGACCGAGAGUUUGGCCUAACAGCGGCACCAUGACACCAGUCGGCGUUGUUCUCAGUAUCGCUUUAGACUGCAUCUCGGGAUAUGCGACACAACGAGUCCUCGAGCUCGACGACGACAGGAUGCCGUGCAAAUACGACGAGAACGGACUCUACAACCAGCAAACCUGCAUAUCUUUUUGCAAGCGAGCUUACGCGGUCAAGUACUGCGGCUGCAACCCGUCCUUUCUAUUUCCAUCCACUACUACCAUUCGUGAUUGCAAUAUCAAAGAUUUGAUUUGUCUUGCGGAAAAUAACGAUAUAUUCAAUUCGUAUUAUCUGCUGCAAGACAAACAAAUAGUCGAUGACAAACCAGGAAUGCUAUGCGAUUGUCCACCAGAAUGCGAAUAUUAUUUCUACAAACCACGGUUGACGGUAGUACCGAUAUCACGAAGCAAGGAUAUCGUCGUGGACAUACAUUUCGAGACGCAAACGAGCUUUCGAUAUAAGACCGACAUUGUCUUAACGAAACUCGACCUCCUUGUAUCCUUCGGUGGUAUUAUCGGCUUGUUCCUCGGAGGUUCUCUCCUAAGCGCGGUGGAGCUCAUUUACUAUCUUCUAGUUCUCCUGUAUUGUUGUGUUUCUUCCUGGUACAAGUCGGCUAAGCGAAAAGUUAACGUCCAAGGAGAGAGCGAAGCUGUGGUAACGGUAAUUCCAAGAUUACCUAUUCUGGAUUAUGGACCCCUGAAAUCGCAAUCGAGGAAGAUUCCGAAUCUACUCGUCUACGAUUACGCGAAGCAGAAACCCGACAGAUAUUGAAGCAAUCACGGUUACCAGCUUUACUCGGAAUAUCAUCACUUGCUUGGAUUUCAGACUUUUAAUAAAGAAAUUUUCUCCAAGUUGCUAUUAUCAUCGUUAUUAAUAAUGAAAGAAAUUAUUAAUAUACAUAUGUACGUACCGAAUACAAUUUUAA